GAGAGAAAACCUAAAAGAUGCUCAGGAAGAGCAAAAGGCCUCGUAUGAUAAACAUGCCAGAGAAAGUUCCUUUAAAGUAGGGGUCUUGGUCAUGGUCACGAAGGUGCUCGAGGCCCAUAAAAUGGAUGCGUCCUGGGAAGGGCCAUUUAUGGUCCAGGAGCGCCUAGGCGCUGUUAACUAUCUCAUAGCAUCCCCCACCUCAAACCUAAAAUCUACGGUGUACUAUGUUAAUUCUCUAAAGCCCUUUUAUUCCAGAGAAUUAAAGGUUUGUAGGUUUACAGCCCAGGGAAGAGAUGACACUGAGUGGCUUGAAGGUGUCUACUACAAAGGAAAAAGUGACGGUGGUGUGGAAGAGGUGAACCUCUCAAUGAUCCUCGGACGUAUGCAGCACCAGCAGAUCAAGGAGCUGUGCACUAGCUUCACGCCGAUGUUCUCAGCCACCCCAGGAUGGACCGAACGGGCAUACCACUCACUCCGUUGACACAGAUAAAAACUGUAGCCAUUUGAAGGAAAUGGACAUCAUCCAAAAACCAGAUGCAGAUUGUUACUGUUAUAUGCAAAAUGGAACAAUGCACUUAAAAUAUAUUUGGUCAGCUCUUCAGGUGAAAAUUAACAGCACAGAAAUUUUCAAGUUUGUGCCUAUCUCAGCUGAAAGCAAUUGUCGUAAUUCAGAAACUGUUUUUGCAUUUUUCAAGUGUGUUGUUCAAAUCAUUUGGCAAUCAGAGGCAUCUAAAGAAACUGUCAUAAACAUAAACCAAUAUGGAGAGAAUAUGUGUUUUACAGUCCAACCCUACAAGAAGGUACCCUACACUGUGAGCAUACAACGAAACAUGGUGGAUAGGAAACUCGUCCUUUUGUUUAUAGCUGGUGUUUUUCUGUUCCAUUUUGCAAAUUCCUUGAGUAGGAGUGCUAUGUUCUAUUACUCUGCUGGAGUGGCACUGGGUGUUCUUGCUACGCUAGUCUUUCUCCUGUUGACACUUAAAAGAUUUAUUCCAAAGCACAGCACCUUUGGGAUUUUAAUGAUUGGCUGCUGGAUGUCCUCUCUCUACUUUAUUUUCUGUUUGAAAGGGGAAAUGAAGUGGCUGUGGUCUGAAUAUAGAAACUACUUACUGGGGUAUCUUCUGACUGUUGGAUUUAUCAGCUUUGUGGUUUGUUACAAGCAUGGACCACUUACCAAUGAGCGAAGCAUAACCCUCUUGACAUGGACAUUACAAUUAAUAGCCUUUGUCUUGAUUUAUUUUGGUGUCACCAUCCCACAGGUUGCAUAUGCAGUAAUAGCUAUCAUCCUCUGUUCAAGAGGCCUGUGCUAUCCCCUUGGCAUGGUCUGUUUUGUGAGCAGAAAAAUCAAGAAUUUUUUAAAAUCAAAAAAACAAGCGUUUCGGCUUCUUACUGAAGAGGAAUACAGGGAGCAGCAGGAAACAGAGACUGUGAAAGCCUUGGAGGAGCUACGCUCAUUCUGCAGGAGUCCAGAUUUCUCAUCAUGGUUAGCCGUGUCCAAACUCCAGUCCCCUAAAAAAUUUGCAAACUUUAUUUUGGGAUCUCCCGACGUGUCACCUGCAGAAGUGAACGCAUAUGACGAGCAAUAUGGCAUUGGAGGCUCCUUCUUGGAACAGCAGCUCUUUAGCCCAGAGCCAGAGCCGUACCGACUAGCUAAUUCCAUUCAGGAGGAGGAGGAGGAUGAAAUGCAGGAACAAAACGAAAGUGAAAAUGUUUCACAUUCCAACAAUAUUGGAUUAUUCUGAACCAUCUGGAAAAUCUCCUGUACGGGAAGAAAAUGAAAUCAAGUUGGAAAGGAAGGCUACCUUGGCUGAGUGCGUGCUAUCUCGGAGAGCCCUACUUCUGACUUGGCUGUAGAGGGCAACCAAGAUUCAUUGAAGGAUUUAUUCCUGCUUCACUGUUCAGAACAGUAGUAAGUUGCUGGGUUUCUUAAGUGAAUGUUACGUUCAUGUAGUUGGUAUUUUGUUACCUCACCUGUUUAUUUACAGGGCAGGUACUAGGCAGCAGCAGGGCAAACUUGCCCCACCAUUGUGCCUCAACUCCCUUGAAGAGACUGCCUCUAUAGAGGUCUGAUCUCUCUCCAUGUCAUCAGUGCUGGGAGUGCUAGAUGAAGAGGAAGUCAUUUAUGAUGCACUUUUACUAAGUGCUCUAUCUGCUAAUAAAUUCCUUGGAACUCCUUUCCUAAGGUACCUUGCUUACUGCUCUGAUCCCUCCACAGGAUCUCACCAUCUCACCUUUCACAUCAGUUUUAAGUUCCUCACCCUCUCCCUGAAAGUCCUGCACAACUGAGCGCCUCUGCUUUCAUUGCUCUUCCCUUAGCCUUUCUACUGUAGCCAAGCCACACAUCUAGCCACCACCAUCUUUGUUUCCACUCCCACCCAUCUCUGCCCUCUUCAUUGUGGCCCCCUGUGCCAAGCGCCCUCCACCUGAUCCAGUUCUCCAUCUCCUCCUCCAAAUGUCUCCUUCUCUGGGAACUGAAGAGGGAAAUGUGUUUUCCCCAGUGUAUUCUUCUUCUUCUUUUCAGCCUCAGUCUUCCCCCACAACUAACAAAACCCCACCAUUCCAGCCCCACAAGUGUACUCAGUAAAGGACACGUAACCUGGAACUGUAUUAGCUCCUCCAAGCAAUCUCUGUUGGUAAUCUGGUGCGGGUAUCUGUAAGGAUGGCCGGGAGAAGCUGAAGCUAUCUGGCACAGAGCACCCAUACGUGGCCCUAGUGUCCUGGGAAUCCACCAGGUUUAGCAGUGGGUCCUGCAGCUCAUUUCAUGACUGGGAAGAAACCUUGCCUCUGGGACCACAAGCAGGGAGGAAGUGCUGGAUGGAUCCUCCUGGAGAUCUCCUGACCAUGUGGCCUUCUCCAGGGUUUACCUCAGGAGGUGGGGAUCUGACCCUGGCAAGAAAAUAAUUACGGUAAACUGUCAACAUCCAUACGGGAAUAGGAGAUUUCUUCUAUGGGUAUCUAUCUUCCUCUUUCCCCUGUACAACUGGGAUCUCCCUCUCUGUUGUCCUUCAGACUGUGUCCCUUACUCCUCACUUUUCAUAUACAAUCUGCUUCCCAUUAACCCCACUAAGUAUCUCCUCGUAGGAGAGUGGGGGCCAUCAUUUCUCCCCCCCAACUGCCACUCCAAACCUUCCAGGAACUGUCCCAUUCCAACAUUCACCUCUUUCUAAAAGGUGUCGCUCUGCAGAACAGGCUGCACUGUGUUUGAAGCCAGGCUGACUCAGUGGGUGCACUCAAAAGGAAAGUUCCCCUUUGCUGGUGAACAUGCUUGGAGAUUUCUCAGUUGCUAGUCUCCAGGGGGGAACCCAAAUAGCAUAAAACAGUGCUAAAAAGAAACAGCUUACCAUACGCACAGCUGCCACCUUACACUGAAAAGUCAUCAGAGCUUUCCUUUAUAUCAGCACUUCCCAGACAGAAUUAUAGGGAGACUCCAGGAGGCUCUAGAGUUUAAAUUAAAUUUUAAAAUGAGAAUGUUUCUCUUUCAAUAAAAAGAAGCCUAACACCUAAUUAAAUAGCAUUAGACCAUCUUGCUCAUUCAGGAAAACAAGCUCAUUCUGUAGCCAUACAGCUGUCUGAGAGAGAAGAUGAGCCAUACUUAUUAAACUUAUAAACCAAACUGGGACCAUGAUUAUGUUAGCAGCAAGAGGGCUCUACGGAGCAAGACUCUAAUUGUCACCAAUAAAAUACAGGGAGAGGGUUCUGCUAGAUUCACGGCCACAUCUCUCCAUCUCAUAUUGGGUCCCAGCCUCAUAUUGGGCUUGCUUUGGUGCUUUCUGCUGUUAGCAAGAUAAACCCAACACAUUGGUAGAUACGUUCACAAAACAAUGGUCAGAGCCAUGGGAGAGGUGGAUAAAGUCCAAGGUCUUUGGCUGCCUUGUAGAGGGGUGGAUCUCCCCUCUAGCACAAUGGCCUUACAUGGCUGGAGGAGGUUUAUGUUACACCUGCAUAGUUGAAGCUAAGUACUUGAAAUGUAUUGUUGUAAAUAUCUGGACCAUCAAGGAAAGACAACAUAGUAUGACACAUUUCAGGCUCUCUGCACCAUACUGAAGCAAGUAAAGGAUUUUCAGCCACAGUGCUCAGGUAGCUGAAGGUUCACAAUCUCUUUUUUUUUUUUUUUUUUAAAGGGAUAUAUCUUGUCCCAACUUAAACCCAUUUAGCCCUCUUGGGCUUUAUGAAACAAAGCUGCUAAUAGAUUGGUGAUGAUGCCCCACACGAGUAUAUUAUCCUUGUGAAGGAAUGUACUACCCCUUUAAGGGACAGGCUGGAACCUACAGCUGGGACAUCCUGGGGUGUAAUCAAGGAGACCCUGCUCCACCCUAGGGCUGGGCUAUAUACACAGAAAAGAAACUGAGCAAGAGAGAGGGAAGUAGAAACUGUGCAGAUGAUAGCAGAUGGUGGUUGUUUUCUCUCAGGCAGGUCAGUGUCCUGGAACUAACUAACUAAGGGUUUGUUUAUGGAUUUAAGUUUAGGAGCUGAAGCAGGUUCUGAGAUGAGGACCUUAUGGGCAGGUUUUAAUUGAAUUACUCCCGUCCUGAAGCCUUGAUAAAAGAACUUUUUUUUUGUUAGUGUGUGUUAUUAAUGCUCCCUUCUGGGUGUUAAAGCAAACCUAUACCCCCUCCCCAAAUCAGGGGAAAUGAAGGUGGGGGCACUGCAGCAGUGCCAAACUGAGCCACAAGGUGAUAUACAGGGACUGCCUGCACCUCCACAAUGAUAUAAUCACAUAGCUCACUAUGAAUAUUAAUACGUUCAUGGGGGGGAAAAACAUACAAUUCAAUACAGUUGAAUUUUUCCUGCACUUUACCUGUUUUCUCAAUAUUUUUCAGUAGAUCAAGUAGGGUGGCUGCUUCAAACACCUCCCCCCGCACCUCCAGGAGAGAAGAGCAACAGCAUCGUGAGAUACACAUGAAUGUUUUAAUGACUAGCACAAAAAGAUUAAAACAAACCUUUAAAGCCUCCAAAUAUCGCUAAGAUCAUGAACUUGAGAAUUUAUGAAUGUUUAUCUAGUUACUUAUAACCCCCCCCGUCCAUCAGCCACUUGGUUUCUGAGCACUUUACAAAACACUGGAAUUUAUCCUCAUGGCACUCCUGUGAGAUAGGUCAGUACUAUCCCCAUUUUAGAGGAGCACUGUGACAGAGUUGAAAGGGACAUCUCAAGGUCACACACUCAGUCUUUGUGAGAGCUGGGAGUAGAACCCAGAUCUGCUAAGCCCCAGGCCUGUGCUUUACUAUUAGAGCAUCCUUCCUCCCUUAACGAAGGCUUGUAUACUAUUUUAUCCUCUGCUUCAUUUAUUUUUUUCAACAAUUUCAGGUUUUGGAAAUAUAUGAAUUUCAUGUAAAGUGCACUCGACAUACUAUGCUGUGUCAAGCUUUUAAAUAAAAAUAUUUUUCAGCUAGCA